ACACUAUUUAAUGAAAACUCCACGAGGAAAAAAUAGGUUGGCCAGCAAGUGGGAGGGUUUUCAGCAGUUGAAUUCAAUUUAUUCAGAGCACGCAAGGUAGCCACACGUUCAGUUACUCGACUGAAUAAGAUGGUCACAUGCUGUUGGACACAUGGAGGAGAGAAUCGUUUUCGCAGUAUUCUCAAAACCGUGUAAACCUGCUGACAGCUACUGCUGACAGCUACAUGGACAUAAACACAAAAAAUGCUGCUUGAAGACAACUGUCCACGAUAGUAGUGAGCUUGUGCUAGAUGUGGCUAGUUAACGUUAGCUAGCUAGCUAACCUAGCCAAUGAGUUGUGUGUGUGUGUGUGUGUGUGUGAAAGAAAUAGUCAUAUAAAUUAUGCUAGUUACUACCCCUGAUAACGUUCCCAAAUAAUCAUGUUUGAAAGAGUGUGAGUGUGUAUGCUAGAUAAAUAAUAAUAGAAAUGGUAGAUACUACUGCACCCCUGAUAAUUUGGCCAAUUAACCGUGUGUGUACAGUAGGUGACAUGUUCAUGAUAGAUAUCUAAUAAUUAUAGUUAUGCUAGGUAAUGGUUUGGCUUAUCAUGUUCAUGUCUAUGUAGAAGAAGACUGUAAGAGGAAGUGGAGAGGACUCAGGGACAGGUAUCAGAGGGAGAAGGGCAGAGAAAGACAAGAGGUCUGGGUCAGCAGCUUCAGGCCAGCAGCCUUGGCGCUUCUGCCACAUUCUUUGUGGAUUCAUUUAUUGUGCCUAUGGCAACGAGUGGCAAUUUUACAGCCAGACCCUCUACUACGUCAUCCACAAGUGUUGUCGCCACCGGUGCAUCAAGACCCUCAACAUCAUCUACAAGUGCGACCAUCGCCUCCACCGGUGCAGCGAGACCCUCUACAACAUCUACAUCAUCCACGAGUAUGACCACCAACCAGUGCAGCCAUGGAAGAUGAUGAAAUGGAGGAAGCACCCCUGGAUCUAGGACCACCUGAGAUUAUUAUGAACCUCACGGAAGUGACUACUGAGGACCUCGUUGAACAGGAUUUGGCCGUGGAGACAAACGGGGAGAGAAACAGAGAGGAACAACGUCACACCAGGCGUCAUCGGAGGUACCAGCCCCCAGAUCCACUCAACUCAUUUCAGCAGAGGCUCCUCCAAGCCGUUGAGAGGGAUGCAGCCCAACCUGAUGCUCACAGGAAGGAGGAUGAAGAGACCCUCUUUGCCAUGAGCCUGGUGCCAACACUGAAGAGGCUGCCUCAGCAAAGAAAAGUGGCAGUCAAGGUUAAAAUGUAUCAGCUGCUUUUCUCCACAUCACAGAGAUGGAGUCCAUUUAGCCGACCAGCUCACAGGAAGGACAGGAAGAGGAGAGGAGUUGCCGGGGCCGACCAGCUCACAGGAAGGACAGGAAGAGGAGAGGAGUUGCCGGGGCCGACCAGCCCACAGGAAGGACAGGAAGAGGAGAGGAGUUGCCGGGGCCGACCAUCUCACAGGAAGGACAGGAAGAUGAGAGGAGUUGCCGGGGCCGACCAGCUCACAGGAAGGACAGGAAGAGGAGAGGAGUUGCCGGGGCCGACCAGCUCACAGGAAGGACAGGAAGAGGAGAGGAGUUGCCGGGGCCGACCAGCUCACAGGAAGGACAGGAAGAGGAGAGGAGUUGCCGGGGCCGACCAGCUCACAGGAAGGACAGGAAGAGGAGAGGAGUUGCCGGGGCCGACCAGCUCACAGGAAGGACAGGAAGAGGAGUUGUCUGGUUGUUGUUUUGACCUCCCUCAUUGUACCUUUCUUUUCACACACGUCAGUUCCGUUUGAAUUCAGUCAAUUCACAAAGUCAUUUGUUUAUAAAGUCUUAGGAUAGCAUUCAUUAUUAGUGUUACAUAGAUUUCGCAAUUGAAACUCAUACCCUGGAGAAUUCACAGAUGCUCUUGGUCUCUUACGAGACUAAAGGUCAAUAUUUCUUUCAUUUAAAACCACGUGAAAACCAGGGUGUUGAAAUUGUUUGUGAAGUUAUGUUCCAUCGACUGGUCCGUGACGUCCAGGGGCCACUUGUUUGUUUAGCUGUGUUAUGGCUACAUAUUAUUUUAUUUUUCUCAGAGACAGAGACACACACCUCUUCGUACCUCAGAUCUCCAGUGCCCUGCCCUCUCUCUCUUUAUGGCCAUGUCUGAAGUUCCCCUACUACGUCUAGGCUUUAUGAGGAGUCCCUGUAUCUGUCUGCAGUUGCAGGCUACACAUUCAUUAUUAUUAUUAUUUUACACGCACACACACCUGUCAUGUUCUUUCCUGUACUUGAAUACUUAAUCAAUUAUAAUGUUUUCAUAGUCA